ACAUACUUUCUAACCGGAAAACUGAUGGGCGGUGAAGUCUCUUAUCAUAUCAACCGGAGAUUCUUCGUAGCCGUCCACGUCGGCGCUGGUUACCACUCUCCGAUUAACGAGAAGGCUCUCCGAUCUGCUAUGAAAACUGCCUGCCUCGCCGCUGCAUCUGUUCUCCGAACGGGCUCUGGCAGAUGUGUCGAUGCUGUGUCAGCAGCCAUUGAGACCUUGGAGAAUGAUCCAUGCACAAACGCUGGGAAAGGAUCAAAUUUGACAGAGGAUGGUCAUGUUGAAUGUGAUGCAAGUGUCAUGGAUGGCAAAUCUGGAGUAUUUGGGGCUAUUGGAGCAGUGCCAGGUGUAAAAAAUGCUAUUAAGAUUGCGGCUAUGCUGGUCAAGGAGCAGAUGUUGGGUUCAUCUCUGCUGGGUCGAAUUCCUCCCAUGUUUUUGGCUGGUGAAGGUGCACGUACUUGGGCAAAGUCCAAGGGAGUUAAUUUCUUCGAAUCCAUUGAAGAGGCCAAUGAGUGGCUUGUGACAACAAAGGCAAGAGAACAAUGGAGAACUUAUAAGGCGAUGCUUGAUGAUGCCAAAGCUAGAAUUUCUUCGGCAGAAUCAUCAUCUAGUCCUCAACAGAUUGAUAAUGCAUCAGACAAUUCAAAUCAAAGUGUGGCUGGUAGUAAGGAUGCUAUUCGACCUGCACCGGAUGAAGACAGCAUCAUGGAUACUGUAGGAGUUAUAUGUAUUGAUAAGGAAGGAAAUAUAGCAUCCGGAGCUUCUAGUGGUGGCAUCGCAUUAAAGGUCAGUGGGCGUGUGGGAUUAGCAGCAACAUAUGGUUGUGGUUGUUGGGCGUCUUCAAAAGGUCCAUUUGGUGCUCCUUCAAUAGUUGGUUGUUGUGUUAGCGGUGCUGGAGAAUGCCUAAUGAAAGGUUUUGCUGCUCAGGAAUGUUGCACAUCUCCAUCACUAUCACAGGAUGGUCCAGGAGCCGCCUGCUCAAAAGUUCUACAGUCCGUAAUUGAAGAUAGUAAUCGAAAUGGUAGUGAUAAAAGUGCCGGAAUUUUGCUUGUGCAAGCCGAUGCUCCUUCGUUGGGUCCUGGAUCAUCACCACAGCUGAAAGCUGUUGAGAUUGCUGCUGGCUUCACUACCUUGUCUUUUGGAAUAGGUUUUUUCAGCAACUCCAUGGAACAGCCAAAGGUUUCGAUUUUGAGGAGUACAAAACAAGGGAAGAGAACCGACAUAUGCCAGUUUGCAGCAUCGGUUAACCUCUCCUAUUCACCCAUACGCAAAGAGACUUGAGUUUGUAUUUGCAGUUGUAGCAGUAUUUAUAUACGGCAAAUGCUCAUGCACACUCAUCGCAUUCGGUGAGGUUUGAACCCUUGACCUCCAUGGUUCUAACCACCCGAGCUUUUUCGGUAACCUGAGUAAUGUUGUCAAUGACCCUUUGGUGAGGUUGUAAGGUUAGAUUAACAUUUUAACAUUAUGCUAUAUCUUGUUUGUUUUAAUAAUUAUUUUGUUUAUUUUUUAAAAAAUUUAGGGGUUAAGCUAAAUAUUUGAAGACCAUAUUGUUUGACUUUUAGCCUAUUAGGUUUAUAGACCAGGGUUAAGAUUUAAUAUUUGGUGAAGUUUGAACCAUUGAUUAAGGAGUUGUUCCUCCAUGUUGUGGCUAUGGAGGUGGGGGUUGUCGCCCA